AUGAUGAUGAAUCGCUUCCUCCCACUGCUCCCGUUGCUGCUCGCCUCCCACCUGAGCCGCCCCGUGCAGCCCUUGCCCAGCAGGGCCGUCGCUGUUGCCGGCGCUGCCGCGAUGGACACCGCGGCGGCGGAGGCCGGACCCAGAGACGGGACUGUGCUGCACAGGUCCAAGAGAGGCUGGAUGUGGAACCAGUUCUACCUGAUGGAGGAGUACACGGCAAACGAGUACCAGUAUGUUGGCAAGCUCCAGUCGAACAUGGACAGGCUCGACGGCACGGUGCGUUACAUUCUCACUGGAGAAGGAGCAGGGACUGUAUUUCAGAUUGAUGAACACACUGGUGAUCUGCACGCCGUCAAGAAGUUGGACAGGGAAGAAAAAGCCAAUUACACGCUACAAGUUCAGGCUGUCGACACAAGGACAAAUCGGCCUCUGGAGCCCGAGACUGAAUUCAUUAUCAAAAUCCACGAUAUCAACGACAACGCGCCGCAGUUUGCCAAGGCCACCUACACGGCAAGUGUCCCUGAGAUGACGGCCAUUGGAACUCCUGUCUUGCAAGUCACUGCCACAGAUGCCGACGACGCCUCGUACGGUAACAGCGCCAAGCUUGUGUACAGCAUCCUGCAAGGUCAGCCAUACUUCUCAGUGGAGCCUGACACAGGUUGGAUCAAAAUAGCUUUGUCAAACAUGGACCGGGAGGUGCGGGAGCAGUAUCACGUGGUCAUCCAGGCCAAGGAUAUGGGAGGGCAGAUGGGUGGUCUGUCUGGGACCACCGAUGUAAACAUCACCCUCACUGAUGUCAACGAUAGCCCACCCCGAUUUUCAUCCAGUUCCUACCAUCUUAGCACACUAGAAUCUGCUGACAUAGGCUCCGUCAUUGGACGGAUAAAAGCCAAAGAUGGUGACCAGGGACAAAAUGCUGAGAUGGAGUACAGCAUCACAGAUGGAGAUGCAAAGGACUUUUUCAAUAUCGUCAGUGACAAAACCACACAGGAGGGGAUCAUCACAUUAAAAAAGAAACUGGACUAUGAGUCCCAGAGGGUGUACACCAUAAAGGUGGAGGUGAACAACACUAAGCUGGACUACCGCUACCUCUCCCUCGGCCCCUUCAAGGACACGGCCACCGUGAAGAUCACGGCGCAGGACGUGGACGAGCCGCCGGUGUUUAGCAUGUCGCCGUACGUGCUGGAGGUUCGGGAGGACAUGGCCAGAGGCAACACCAUCGGCAAGGUCACAGCCUGGGACCCAGACACCCCUCAUCAUCCAGUCAGGUAUUCCAUUGACCACCAUACCAACCGAGAAAAACUAUUCUACAUAGACCCCAUUGAUGGCUCGAUCACAACCUUACAGCCCCUCGACCGGGAACUAUCAAAAUGGCACAACAUCUCAGUUCUGGCAACCGAAAUAAAUAACCCACAGCAGCUGAGCCGCGUCCCUGUUCUCAUUAAAGUCCUGGAUGUGAAUGACAACGCCCCAGAAUUUGCCAUGUAUUAUGAAACCUUUGUCUGUGAAAAUGUAAAAGCUGGGCAGAUCAUACAGACCAUCAGUGCCACAGAUACAGAUGAACCACUUGUUGGACAUAAAUUCGUGUUCAGUUUAAACACCAACAACCCAAAUUUUACAAUACUUGACAACGAAGACAACACAGCCCGUAUCCUGACGCGGCGCAGCAGCUUCAACCGGCACGAGGUGAGCGCCUACUACCUGCCCGUGGUCAUCUCCGACAACGGCUUCCCCAUCCAGACCAGCACGAGCACGCUGACGAUCCGCGUGUGCGGCUGCGACAGCGGCGGCAACCUGCGCUCCUGCAGCGUGGAGGCGCUGCUGCUCUCCGCCGGCCUCAGCACCAGCGCGCUCGUCGCCAUCCUGCUCUGCAUCAUCCUGCUACUCAUGAUUGUAGCGCUGUUUUCUGCACUGAAGAGGCAGAGAAGAAAGGAGCCUCUGAUCAUCUCCAAGGAGGACGUGCGCGACAACGUGGUGAGCUACAACGACGAGGGCGGCGGCGAGGAGGACACUCAGGCCUUCGACAUGGGCGCACUGCGCCACCCGGAGGUCAUGGAGAGCAACAAGCAGCGGCGAGACAUCAUCCCGGAGAUACUUUUCCCCUACCACCGGCCGUCGCCUACGCCGGAGUGUACAGACGCCAGAGACUUCAUCAACUGCAGGCUUCAGGAGAACGACAACGACCCCGCCGCCCCGCCGUAUGACUCCCUGGCCACAUACGCCUACGAAGGCAAUGGAUCUACCGCCGAAUCCCUGAGCUCCCUUGGGUCCAGCCUCACAGAAGGAGACCAUGACUUUGACUACCUGAGCAGCUGGGGACCUCAGUUUAAAAAGCUUGCUGACAUGUACAUAGCAAAGGACAAAGCCUAGUUGCACGUCAUGGCAUCGUGGCCGUUGCUUUGUGUGAGCAGUUUAGUCUCAUGCUUGACUUUUACAGUGACUCUGAACAAACGUGCAGACAUGCACACACAAACACACACACAUGCGCGCACACGCGGCCUCAUGCG